AUGUAUAAUUUAGAUCAAUACGAGUUUGAAGAUGCGGAAGAAAUUUCGUCAAAAUUAUGGCAAGAAGCUUGCUGGAUUGCAAUAAAUGUCUACUUUGAUGAGAAAGGUCUAGUCCGCCAACAACUGGAUAAUUUUGAUGAAUUUAUCGAAAUGUCCGUUAAAAAAAUAGUCGAAGAAUCACCAUCUAUUGCUUUGCAAGCUGAAGCUCGAGUUGAUCAACGUACAUCCUGCCGAAUAGAGUCUCUAGUUAUGCACACGCUUAAAUUCGAAAAAAGAUAA